GGGGACUUUUAAUGGCCACCACCACUCCACGACCCCGAGGCGACUUGGCCGCAGAAAUCACACCCAUAGUAAUGGGCGGAGCGGCAUGGUCUCACCAACUCAACGCCGACGCCUACACGCGCCCCAUUGUGCCAGUCAUCCUAUCUGCCUUCUCUGCCGGCAUCCGCACAAUCGACACAUCGCCCUACUACGAGCCCUCUGAAAAGAUCCUCGGCAAAGCUCUAUCCUCACCAGAAGUCUCUUCCCUCUACAAACGCGAGGAUUACUUUUUGAUGACCAAGGUUGGCCGUAUCGCCAGUGAGGAGUUUGAUUAUAGUCCUCGAUGGGUUAGGGAGAGUGUCAAUAGGAGUCUGGAGAGAUUCCAGACUGGAUAUCUGGAUGUGGUGUUUUGCCAUGACGUGGAGUUUGUUUCUGACGAUGCGGUUGUUGCUGCAGUUUCCACGCUUUGGGAGUUUGUGGAUCAAGGCAAAGUUAGAUAUGUAGGUAUCUCUGGAUACCCGAUUGAAAAGCUGGUCAGGGUGGCUAGAUUGUGUAAGGAAAAGCUUGGUCGACCGUUGGAUAUUGUACAGAAUUGGGGCCAAUUGACGCUGCAGAAUACGAGAUUGAGGACACAGGGUUUGGAGGCAUUGGCGCAGGCUGGAGUGGCUAUGGUGUGCAGUAGCUCGCCGCUGAAUAUCGGGUUGCUGAGAGCACAGGGCGUGCCCAUUGGACCACAAGUCCGGACAAAACCAUACACGAUACUUCUCUUGCUCUGCGUCACAACACUGACGCGCUCUCUAGCANCCCUCGGCGACUGGCAUCCCGCACCCNCCGGCCUCCGCCUCGCAGCCGCAAACGCAGCAACCUACACCGCAUCCCACAACACCGACCUAGCCAGCCUCUCCCUCCGCUUCGCCUGCCGCGAAACCGCCCGCAAGCAACCCCACCUCCCUGCCAUGGCACUAAUCAUGGGCCCCGGCAGUGUCUCCGAAGUCGAGUCUUGCGCUGCUGCCGCCAACAGUGUCAAAGACCCCUCUGCACCCACAAAGUUUGAAGAUUUGCGUGAUGGGAUCGUGGUGGAUGAAGAGGCGGAGAAGAGAGAUGGGGUGUUGGUGGAUGGUGUGAGAAAGAUACUAGGGGAGUGGAUUGAUUAUUCGUUUGUUAGUCCGCCUGAGGGGUGGGAUGUUGAGGCUGGGAGGAUGGGUGGAGUC